CGACCGGCAUCACAACAACAACACGCGAUGGAGGGCCACGGGUACCAGCACUUUGCGCCGGGCGGAGGGGGGGAGACCUACCAUGUGGACUACCGGAGGAUCGUGGGGGACCUGGAGCCCCCGAGGGCCAGCCCCUCGCCCCAGGUAGGGGAGGGGUGCGCCCGGCAGACCGCCACCACGCAUGGCCACGAGACGGCGGCGCAGAGAUACAGCGCCACGCGGAUCCAGGUCGGACUGGGACCUGUGAGCAUGGCCGAUUUCCUUAUCAGUGGUGGCACAGGCUACGUUCCGGAGGAUGGACUCUCGGCCCAGCAGCUCUUCUCCAUCGGGGAUGGCCUCACCUACAAAUCUGACCAACAGUGUGUUGUCUCGGAUGGUCAAACUGCUGAUGAGCUGUGCUCUAGAGGAGAUGGGUUGACUUACAAUGACUUCCUCAUUCUCCCCGGCUUCAUUGACUUCACCUCAGACGAAGUGGACCUCACGUCGGCCCUGACCAAGAAGAUCACGCUGAAGACCCCCCUCAUCUCCUCUCCGAUGGACACCGUCACAGAGUCGGCCAUGGCCAUCGCGAUGGCGCUGAUGGGAGGGAUCGGUAUCGUCCACCACAACUGCACACCUGAGUUCCAGGCCAACGAGGUCCGGAAGGCCAAGCGCUUCGAGCAGGGCUUCAUCACAGACCCCCUGGUCAUGAGCCCCAAGAACACGGUGGGCGACGUCUUCGAGGCCAAGGUGCGCCACGGCUUCUCGGGGAUCCCCGUCACGGAGACGGGCAAGAUGGGCGGCAAGCUGGUGGGCAUCGUCACCUCGAGAGACAUCGACUUCCUCACGGAGAAGGAUCACAGCAGACCCCUGGGGGAGGCCAUGACCAAGAGGGAGGAGCUGGUGGUGGCGCCCGCAGCGGUCACACUGAAGGAGGCCAACGACAUUCUGCAGCGCAGCAAAAAGGGCAAGCUGCCCAUCGUGAACGACAGCGACGAGCUGGUUGCCAUCAUCGCGCGGACGGACCUGAAGAAGAACCGGGACUACCCGCUGGCCUCCAAGGACUCCCGCAAGCAGCUGCUCUGUGGAGCCGCCAUCGGGACCCGGGAGGACGACAAGUACCGCCUCGACCUGCUGGUGCAGGCCGGGGUCGACAUGGUGGUGCUGGACUCCUCGCAGGGCAACUCGGUGUACCAGAUCAACAUGAUCCACUACAUCAAACAGAAGUACCCCGACCUGCAGGUGGUGGGAGGCAACGUGGUGACGGCAGCGCAGGCCAAGAACCUGAUCGACGCGGGCGUGGACGCCCUCCGGGUGGGCAUGGGCUGUGGCUCCAUCUGCAUCACACAAGAAGUGAUGGCGUGCGGCCGGCCCCAGGGCACCUCGGUGUACAAGGUGGCGGAGUACGCGCGGCGCUUCGGCGUGCCGGUGAUCGCCGACGGCGGGAUCCAGACGGUCGGACACGUGGUGAAGGCGCUGUCCCUGGGGGCGUCGACCGUGAUGAUGGGCUCCCUGCUGGCCGCCACCUCCGAGGCGCCGGGGGAGUACUUCUUCUCGGACGGCGUGCGGCUGAAGAAGUACCGCGGGAUGGGAUCGCUGGACGCCAUGGAGAAGAGCACCAGCAGCCAGAAGAGAUACUUCAGUGAGGGCGAUAAGGUGAAGGUCGCCCAGGGCGUGUCGGGCUCCGUUCAGGACAAGGGCUCCAUCCACAAGUUCGUCCCCUACCUGAUCGCCGGCAUCCAGCACGGCUGCCAGGACAUCGGCGCCAAGAGCCUGUCUGUGCUCAGGUCCAUGAUGUACUCCGGGGAGCUGAAGUUUGAGAAGAGGACGAUGUCGGCACAGGUGGAGGGUGGAGUCCACGGGAUGCACUCUUACGAGAAGAGGCUGUACUGAUGGACUUGCCCGGACCAACCCAUUCCCGCAGUGACCAAAUGUAACCCCCACCCCCCCCCACCAAAACCUCCUCACAGAAACACCCCCGCACCAACCAACACACUUGGCUUGGCUCGCCCGCACUUCUUGUUGUCAUAUGAGCUCUCUCUCUCUCUCGUUCUCUGAUGCUACAAGCCAAUAAGUCGUGGAGGAGGGAGGGAGGGGGGAGAAGAGCUUGGUGAUGGGGGAGUCGUAGGGAGGGGAGACAGUAUAGAAUUGUGUGACACCCGUUGCUUAGACCACCACCUAAAGAUUUGGUGUGUGUGUGUGUGUGUGUGUGUGUGUGUGUGUGUGUGUGUGUGUGUGUGUGUGUGUGUGUGUGUGUGUGUGUGUGUGUGUGUGUGUGUGUGUGUGUGUGUGUGUGUGUGUGUGUGUGUGUGUGUCAACGCUCUGUGUGUUAGGGUUGGAAGUUAUGAAAGUGAUUCCUCCUGUUUUUGGAUUCUGGCAUGCGCUCAAGAAAUUUAAUAAAUCCCUAAAUUUAAUGAAUCAACAAGAAACAUGUGUUCUCCAUUAUCUGGCCCCUUGUAACCAAAUGUUUUUAUGUUGAUUAUAGAAGUGACCAAAUACAGUGCGCUAUAGCUGUGAGUUCAGGGAGGCGUCAACACGAUGUACGUGUUAAAUAGUACACACAAGUCAAUCAUUGAUGACCGAUGAAGACCCAUGCCUUUCCCGGGUCUAAAAAGGCCCCGAAUUUCUCUUAGUUUAACGUUAAGGUGUAUCGAUUAAAACUGGUGAAGGGUGGGGGGGCUGGGGCUACGAUAUAGCAUGACUGGGGGUUUAUCGUCUUUUUAUUUUUAUAUGCAUGCUUGGUUCCUGGGGAUUGGUGUGGACGGAUUCUGCUUGUUUUCUUAGGUGUCGUUUCGCUCUUUGUUUUUCUAAUGACUCUCGUACUGCCAAGUGACCCACGCCACAACCCCCCCACGCCGCCACGCCGCCAUGCCACCACGCCCCCCCCCCCCCCCCCCCCCCCGUCGCCUCCGACAGACACACACCGCUUAUUUUUGUAAAUCCGAAACAAACCAAAACUGGCUCCACACAGGUCAGCUGCUACCACUACACCCUGCCCCCCCCCUCCACACACACACACCCCACCUACCACCCCUUCACACACCCUUACCCCCCCCCCCCCCAAGCACCUCACCUGUCCUCCUCUUCCUCAAGGUCUGCCGCAGGAAGUUGUCCCGAUGGUCACAGAUUUCAUUUCUCCUUAAUAUUAUUAUUAUAUAAACCAGAGAUAUGCCUUGAAGCUGGGACAAAUGAGGGUGUUGCUCUGAAAGUCUUCUGCGUGUUGAAAUAAAGCCCCCCCCCGCCCCCCCCACACACGCACACGGCCUGUCUUCCCUCUAUCACCCACAGCCCCCGCUGGGUAUAAUCAGUCGACCCAGUCGGCUUCUCUCUCCACGGUGGACUGGCUGUUACUUUAGUUUCCUUAUUUGUUUGUUCCUUUGUUUGUUUUGUGUUCAUGUCCCCUGAACGGUUCGAUGGAGUUCUUGCAGUUGACCCGAUUGGUAAAGAGAAAUGUACAUGAUGUAUGGAUAUAUAUGUAUAUGUUUAUGUAUACAUAUUCCUAUAUUUUGUUGGUAAAGAUUUCCACAUCCACGUGAAGAUUUUUGAGGUUGACGAUUUAUUGUGCAUUUCUGCAUUUUUUUUUUUGUUUGUCCAUCCAAAGCAAAAAUCCCGUCACUGGAUUUUGGAAGUGCUGGUGUUUGAUAGAGCUGCUUCUGACUAGAGACAUUUUAUUUUAGCUUCACACUUGCAACUGUAGUUAACCAGUAAAUGCUAGAAACACCUCUUCCCAAUUCACUAACAAUUGCUGUUUUAGAUGGACAGAAAAUACUCCAGUGUAGUAUUUGAGAUGCGUGCGGGACCUUGUUUACAAUAGGAUAUUCAACUGCGUGUUAUCUUGAAGCAAAAUAAAUAAAGGUCAAUCUGUGUUUGAA